ACGCGAUAUGCAACUUGUGCACUCAUUAGCCAUCUUGGUUCUGUCUCAAGUUUGUUAGCCAGCAAGCAUUGCAAUCCUUAGGAGCCAAGAUGGCGCCAGUUUCUUCUAAAGGCAGAGCAAUGUGAAAGUCCGAGAAAUCAAUUCAUUCAGUCGGCUAAAGUCAUGGCGUCUGCCAGCACAGGGAGCAGGGUGUCCUGCGGGAGAGAUUUGAAUUGUGUGCCAGAGAUAGCCGACACGUUAUCCGCGGUCGCCAAACUUGGGUUCGACUUCCUGUGCAUGCCUCUCUUCCACCCGAGGUUCAGGAGGGAAUAUGAGCUGGAGCCCGCUAAAUCCCGACCUGGAGCCCAGACCCGGUCGGACCUGCUGUUAUGUGGCAGAGAUUGGAAUACUCUAAUCGUUGGGAAGCUCUCUCCAUGGAUCGAUGCAGAUUCAGAAAUCGAGACAGAACGCAGAAACUCAGAGGCUGCUCUUGCUCAGGAGCUAAACUUCUCCGCCUACCUGGGCCUGCCUGUCUUCAUGAUCCCUCUGAAGGGCCUCAGUAAUGCCAAUCUAGCCCGAGUGCUGCUAAAUCACAUCCACACUGGACAUCACACCUCAAAUUUCUGGAUACGCGUCCCACUGAUGGCGUCAGAGGACAUGCGGGAAGAUCUGACUGAGAAUGAACCGAUCUCUUGUACUGAUGACACAAGCGUUGAUGAGAAGACUUGGAGCUGGUGGAACUCAUUCAGAACCCUUUGUGACUACAACAAGAGGAUCUGUCUUGCGGUUGAAAUUGGACCAGAUAUGCCAUCAGACACUGUGAUUGAUAAAUGGCUCGGAGAACCUAUCAAAGCAGCCAUUCUCCCCACCAGCAUCUUCCUAACCAAUAAGAAGGGCUUCCCUGUUUUGUCGAAAGCCCAUCAGAGAAUAAUCUUUCGACUCUUCAAGUUGGAGGCCCAGUUCAUCUUCACAGGCACCAGUCGGCACACUGACAAGGACUUCCGAUCCUACCUGCAGUACCUGGAGUACCUCAACCAGAACAGGCCUGCACCCAAUGCCUACGAGCUCUUUGCUAAGGGUUAUGAAGACUACCUGCAGUCACCUCUACAGCCUCUGAUGGACAACUUGGAGUCUCAGACAUACGAAGUGUUCGAGAAGGAUCCUAUUAAGUAUUCACAGUACCAACAAGCUGUAUAUAAAUGUUUGCUAGACAGAGUUCCAGAGGAGCAGAAGGACACUAAUGUUCAGGUGUUGAUGGUGUUGGGAGCAGGUAGGGGUCCUCUGGUCAAUGCAUCCCUGCGUGCUGCCAGGCAGGCAGACAGGAGACUGAGGGUGUAUGCUGUGGAGAAAAAUCCCAAUGCUGUAGUGACGCUAGAGAAUUGGCGCUUUGAGGAGUGGGGGGAUCAGGUGACGGUGGUGUCAUGUGACAUGCGGGAGUGGGCCGCACCAGAGAAAGCUGACAUCAUUGUCAGCGAGCUGCUCGGAUCAUUUGGCGACAAUGAACUCUCCCCAGAGUGCUUAGAUGGAGCACAGCAUUUUCUCAAAGAUGAUGGAGUGAGCAUUCCCUGCUCGUACACGUCCUACUUGGCUCCUCUGUCAUCCUCUAAGCUUUACAACGAAGUACGAGGGUGCCGCGAACGAGACAAGGAUCCAGAGUCCCAUUUUGAGACGCCCUAUGUUGUGCGCCUUCAUAACUUCCACCAGUUGGCUGAUCCCAAACCCUGCUUCACCUUCACACACCCCUCAACAGAUAUGAACAAUAACCGGUAUCAGUGCCUCAGAUUCACAGUGGGUUGUAACUCUGUGCUCCAUGGCUUUGCUGGCUACUUUGAGACCACUCUCUACAAAGAUGUCACACUCAGUAUAAAACCAGAAACGCACUCACCCGGAAUGUUCUCAUGGUUCCCCAUCCUCUUCCCUCUUAAACAACCCAUCUCCAUAUCCCAGGACGAUGAUGUCACAGUGCGAUUCUGGCGCUGCAACAACGGGAAGAAGGUUUGGUAUGAAUGGGCUGUGACGGAGCCCUCCUGCUCUGCCAUUCACAACCCCGCAGGCCGUUCCUACACCAUCGGCCUGUGAAGAAGACGCGUCGGCACAAGUUGGCAGACUCCUGUGUUUCUGUCAGACUCUGUGGCAGUGGAAGAACGGGUGUCGUGACACUCUUUACACAGUUAAAAACCUGGACUUGUGCGAGCCCUUGAAAGUCCGCGGUGGUGGGCACUUUGCAGUUUAGGAAGAAUAGAUCGGAUAAACCAAAUUUGAACCUUUUCUUGUUUUUAAAUCUCGUGCCACAUUCACCACUCUCACCUGAACCCAAAGUGUACUGUUGCUGUGAGACUGGCUCAUUCAGAUUAGGUCAAACGUUAACACCGCGUCGUCAUGCUAUCCUUUUUUACUUGUCCUUAUUGUUCUGAACUACAGUUCAACACAGCGAUUUACACUCAAUCCUGGACUUAUGCCUUAUCAAACACACAUUCCAUACACAAUAUUUGCAUAUUUAAACCCUUCUGCUCAACAGAACCUGAACUGCUUUUCAGGUUGCAUACCAUGACAUUUGGGGCUGUUUGUUCAUACCUUUGUUUUGUUCGAACCGUGUCAAUAAAGACCACACUGUAGUGUUCUCUACAUACCGUGCCCUUUUUGUUUGAAGCUUGAAUGUUUUUGAGUCACAUGUUAAAUUGUUAAAAUGAUAGUUUUUUUUUUUUUUUAAAGGCAGUUUAAGCACCGUUCCUGUAUUUUAAUCUGUUGAAAUUAAAUGAUGAUCUGAUCUGCAA